CCAAUAGACUUCGGGUUUAUCGUUUGGUAAAAAGGGAAUUUGUAUGUGUUUUGUAAAAAAUGGUAAACUUUUUGUGUUUUUACAUUGCGAGUAUUUGCAAAACAUUCAAAGUUAAUGGACAUGUUACAUUUUCGAAGUGAGCCAAACCAACAGAAAAUUAUACAAAUCGUGUAUUUAAGAAAAACAGUCGCAACAAAAUCGUCGAUAUAUUCACUAUUGUGGCAUAAGGGUGUUUGCCCCGAAAAAAGUGAACUGCGUUAAUAAGUUGACAAAGAUAAAAACAACUAUUUUUAUAGACGCACAAUUUAAUUGAAGUCAUGGCAACCAAAGUAUCAGCAGCGGAGGGAACUUCUGCUUCGAGUGCAUCCACAUCGACAGGUGGUUUAAGCGGUAACAUUACACCCGCUAGACGCUUACGUACUAGAACUUCGACUGGAGGCAAUGUUAGUGGUGGAGAUUCGGCCAAAAAGUCAUCAAAUUCUAACGGAAGCGAACGAAGUACGAGUUCUUCAGAUUUUAAUAAAAACAAUGGAGGAAGUAAUAACGCUACUCCUACUUCAGUUAUAGGGGCUAGUUCGGGUGAUGACAAGCUAAGUUCGAAUAGCUGCAGUGGUACCAAUUCCAUCACUGGGUCAGGCAAAAAAUAUCAUAAUAGUUGUCCUCAUCCAACAAAUGACCGUGGUCGGGGUAAACCAUUAACACACUUACAACCACAUAGCUCGAGUACAUUUAAUUUGAAUAAAACAGAAGAAUUUCAUUUUGAUACACCGGUUGAGUGUCCCGUUUUUCGCCCUACGCACGAAGAAUUCAAGAAUCCACUAGCUUACAUUAGUAAGAUACGACCGAUUGCGGAGAAAUGUGGAAUAGCUAAAAUCUUACCCCCAGAAUCGUGGUCACCACCAUUUGCUGUCGAUGUAGACAAAUUAAAAUUUACACCACGGGUACAGCGGCUCAACGAAUUAGAAGCAAAAACUCGAGUGAAACUUAAUUUUUUAGACCAAAUUGCCAAAUUUUGGGAACUACAGGGUUCUUCUUUAAAAAUACCAAUGGUUGAACGUAAAGCAUUAGAUUUAUAUACCUUACAUCGGAUUGUCCAAGAAGAAGGAGGUAUGGAACAAACAACAAAAGAACGUAAAUGGGCAAAAGUUGCAAAUCGUAUGUCGUAUCCAUCUAGCAAAAGCGUUGGAGCAACCUUAAAAGCCCAUUACGAGCGGAUACUUCAUCCAUUUGAGGUUUAUACAUCUGGUAAAGUGUUGGGAGCUGGGGCGGGAGCCAGCGCUAGCGUGGAUGCAGUGAAGCUUGAAGAUGGUACGGAUUAUAAGACACACGAAAUACCAACUCGCCAACAAAUUACACCCCCAAACGAAAAUAACGCUCGACGGUCUAAACGCUUUGCCAAUUCUAGCGCCAAUUGUGGAUUGAACAAUUCGGCAUCACGUAAUAUUGUUAAGAUUGAAACAAAGGAGGAUUUUAAGCGGGAUCUCUUAAAUUGUUUUAAUGCUGCUGGUACUUCGUCGUCUGCCAGUGGGGCUCGCGGUCAAGCUGGUGGCACAUCUUCCACAAAUUUGAUUGCUCUAAAGAAAGCGCCCGAUCCUCAAAUAGUUGAUCCAUUAAUGAAGUAUAUUUGCCACAUAUGCAAUCGUGGUGAUGUGGAAGAAUCAAUGCUAUUGUGUGACGGAUGUGACGAUAGCUAUCAUACAUUUUGCUUGUUGCCACCAUUGUCCAGCAUUCCUAAAGGAGAAUGGCUUUGCCCACGCUGUGUUGUAGAAGAAGUUAGUAAGCCUACUGAAGCCUUUGGCUUUGAGCAGGCAGAACGAGAGUAUACAUUGCAGCAAUUUGGACAAAUGGCUGACCAGUUUAAAACGGAUUAUUUUCGAAAGCCAGUUCAUAUGGUCCCAACAAAUUUAGUGGAGCGUGAAUUUUGGCGCAUUGUGUCAUCGAUUGAUGAAGAUGUAACAGUAGAAUAUGGAGCUGAUUUGCAUACCAUGGAUCAUGGGUCGGGGUUUCCAACAAAAAGCUCUUUAUAUUUACUUCCAGGGGAUCAGGAAUACGCCGAAUCUAGUUGGAAUUUAAAUAACUUACCAUUACUGGAAGACUCAAUUUUGGGCCAUAUCAAUGCUGAUAUCAGUGGAAUGAAUGCACCCUGGAUGUAUGUAGGAAUGUGUUUUGCCGCUUUUUGCUGGCAUAACGAAGACCACUGGAGUUACUCCAUUAACUAUUUGCAUUGGGGAGAACCAAAAACUUGGUACGGUGUUCCGGGCUAUUGGGCAGAACAAUUUGAAGAAACAAUGAAACAGGCAGCUCCGGAACUUUUUGCAUCGCAGCCGGAUUUAUUGCAUCAGCUAGUGACCAUAAUGAAUCCGAACAUUUUAAUGAAUAAUGGAGUUCCUGUUUAUCGAACUGAUCAAAAUGCUGGAGAAUUUGUCAUAACAUUUCCCCGUGCAUAUCAUGCAGGAUUUAAUCAGGGCUACAACUUUGCUGAAGCUGUGAAUUUCGCUCCCGCUGAUUGGUUGAAGAUGGGUCGGGAGUGUGUUAAUCACUAUUCAAUGUUGCGUCGUUUUUGCGUUUUUUCUCACGAUGAGUUAGUAUGUAAAAUGGCACUAGAACCAGCCAAACUUACAUUUGGCAUUGCAACAGCUUGCUAUAUCGACAUGGCAGAAAUGGUAGACUCCGAAAAGAAGCUUCGAAAAUCUUUGUUGGAAUGGGGUGUUACUCGCGCUGAGCGAAAAGCAUUCGAACUUGUUCCAGACGAUGAGCGACAUUGUCAAGAAUGCAAUACUACCUGUUUUUUGUCUGCUGUAUCUUGUGAAUGCACCAAGUCAAUCGUUUGUCUUCGCCAUUACACAAUUCUGUGUGAUUGCAUUCCAGAAAAACACACUCUUCUUUACAGAUAUACACUAGACGAAAUGCCAUUAAUGCUUCAAAAGCUUAAAGCCAAAGCACAAAGUUUUGAACGUUGGUUAUCACGAUGUCGCGACAUUAUGGAUGCUAAUACGCCCACUUCUGCGCCAUUAGCUGAAUUACAGGAAUUGUGCAAGGAAGCUGAAAUUAAGAAAUUUCCGUCAUCGUUACUAAUAGAUCGCCUGAAUUCAGCUAUAGUCGAAGCCGAAAAAUGCGUAACUGUCAUUCAACAACUCGGAAUAAACAAGGUUCGUACACGCUCCGACAAUAACCAGGAAGCAGCUCAAUACAAGCUUACCAUGGAGGAAUUAGAGCUGUUUGUGCAAGAAAUUAACAAUUUGUGUUGUAUUAUAGAGGAAGGCACUUCCGUAAGAGAGCUUCUUUCUCUUGGUAAACAAUUUUUGGAACGUGCAAAUGUACUAUUAAAUAGAUCAAUUCAUUUAUUGGAAGAACCUGAAAUAGAUCAAUUAAUAAGUGAGGGGAACUCACUUCGAAUAGAACUGCCGCAGAUGAAUCAAUUAUACAUCCGUCUAAAACAAAUAAAAUGGUAUAAACGUUCACAAGGUUUGCGAAACGGCAAUACUAAAUUGACAUAUAGUGAUAUAAAGAACUUGCUGAAUAGCGCAGCAGCUGAAGUGGAUCCAACAGAUCCAAUAAUAGAUAAGGAAAUGAGAAAAUUACAAGAAAUCGGCGCUGCAAUAGAAGCUUGGGAAAAGCAGGCGACGCGAUAUUUUCGAUGUACAACACAACAACAUGAAUUAGCUGACAUUGAACAGUUUUUAAAAACAUCUGCUGAUUUAGAAGGUCAAGUUCCCUCGUAUAUAACAUUAAAAGAUGCAUUGCGAAAAGCUAAAGAGUGGUUACAUUCGGUAGAACAGUUGCAGACCAACGAUCAUUUUCCCUAUUGUCAUACUCUUGAAGCAAUAGUUGAAAGAGGUAAAUGUAUUCCUAUACAACUUGAAGAAUUAAAACGCAUGCAGGGUCAUUUGAAUAGCGCUCAUGAGUGGAAAGACAAUACUGCGCGCGUCUUUUUGAAAAAGCAAACAUUCUAUACAUUACUCGAAGUGUUGAUGCCCCGUUCCGAAUCUGUCAUAAUUGACUCAGAUUUAAAACAGCCAUUUGAAGAUGGGUUUGUAAAGGAAAUGAAUCCCGCUCAAAUAGUAGAUUCUUUUAAGAAAGCUGAAGAGAAAGAAUUACGAGAUAUGCGCGAACUUAGGCGACAGAAUAUGUCAAAAAAUCCAUUAAAAGACCUAUAUUGUCUGUGUAAAUCUCCGUUUCAAGGAGUAAUGUUUAAUUGCCAGCUCUGCCGUGAUUGGUUCCAUGAGGAUUGUGUGCCGCCACAAAUGGGAAUAUCAAAUAUAACGUCGGGUAGUAAUUUUAUAUCACGCCCAAAGUGGCUUUGUCCGUCAUGUGUUCGAUCAAAGCGACCGCGGCUCGAAAUUAUUCUGCCACUUCUGGUGUCAUUGCAACGUUUGCCUAUACGUUUACCGGAAGAUGAGGCAUUGCGUUGUUUAGCGGAACGCGCCAUGAAUUGGCAAGAUCGUGCCCGUAAGGUGUUGACUAGUCCAGAUGUAACCGCCGCACUUGAAGCAAUUUUCGCGCAACAACGUAAACAAAAACGAAAGGGUGUUGGUAUAACUGCGAUUUUAGGAAGAAGUAAUUCUCAUAAGCAGCUACGACGUAGAAGUAUUCGUAAUUCCAAAGACAAUGCGCCGAAUUCAGAUAAUCCAGAUAGUACCGAUGAUGAUGACGAAGGAGACCGAUUACACAUUGUUGAAGAUUCGUUAAGUAAUGAGGAAGAAGAUUUAAGUAAUGUUGAAACAGCACCGCCAACUGAGUUGCAAAAGCUAUUGUCGGAUUGUGAGAAAGAAAAUCUAAAUGACUUAAUGAUGGAAGGAGAUCUCCUUGAAGUGUCCUUAGACGAGUCAUUGGAAUUAUGGCGUAUUUUAUCAGCUAUUCAACCAAUUUGUGCUGCAGAAGCAGCCGCAUUGCAAAAGCAACAUCAAAUACAAAAACAAUCUGUUCAACAGGCUUCAAACGUUAACUCAGCUGCUGAAGAUUCAAACGACAGUUUAUUAGUUCAGAGUAGCCCUAACAGCAAUAGUGGCAGUGUUAGUGGUCGGAACCCCACCGGUGCUAAUAAAAAGCGUCGCUCAGUAGAACCACUUAAUAGCAGUUGUCCACUGCCACGUAAAAAGACUGCAACUCCCAAUAAACCCUACAGUUCUUCAGCUAAAAAGACAACACGAAAAUCUACAAUUGAUGCUAAUAGUAAAGUACUGCAAGCAGAUGAUGCUCCUGAUAGUAAACUAUCAAAUGGUGGAAGCGGGAGUACAAACUCAAACACGCUUUCAGGACAAAAGAAGCGGAAACGCGUUGGAGCCAGUUCGAACAUCAGUACUAAUGUUACCUGUCAAAAAAAGCACUCUCAACGUAGUCAAACAGAGCAACAAGAAGAUGAUGAAGAAGAGUGCCGCGCAGAAAACUGUCAUAAACCAACUGGCCGUGAAGUUGAUUGGGUACAAUGUGAUGGCGGUUGCAAUGAAUGGUUCCAUAUGUACUGCGUUGGUCUAAAUAGAAGUCAAAUUAAAGCCGAUGAUGAUUACUUCUGCAUACGUUGCUCCAGAACGAUGGCUAUAUCGACAGUCGUGGCAAGUGGCGCUAAUAGUAGUAACCAUUCUGUAAUUGAGUCCAGUGCAACAUCCACAGCAAUGCCCAUUAUUAGUACAAGCGGCAAUAAUAGUAAUGCGUUAAGUACAGGGACAUCUGCACCACAACAACAACCAUCGACAAAUAGCGCUGUUGCAUCAUCUAAGGGCAGAGCUCAAGCUACGCGUUAAGUUCUUAAUACAUAUAAUUUUAAAUACAUAAAUAAAUUUUCAUAUUUUCCUGCAUUUUGGAUUUGCGAAGCAGAAUAAGUAAACCUGAGUCCUCAUUGUGCUAAUUUUUUAAUUAAGCAAAUGCAAAACCAACUUAACUCUUAAAAAAAUUUACAUAUAUGAUAUUUUCAACUAUAUGGAACGCUUUAGAAUAAUAUGCAUUAUAUUCUUCCCUUUAGCUAUUUUAGUGCAUUAUAAAAGUUUAUUUCAAGACUGCAAUGCUGCACAUUCAACAAAAACAGCUGGAUUCCGACUUGACAUCCUUUGUUUUAUAAUAGAAUCCAUUUAUAAAAGAAAAAAUGGGUUUCACCCUUUUUGAAGGAAGCUAUUUGGGAUUAACAUUUUUGAUUCAAUGCCUGUCUUUUUUUUUUCUUACGAUAAAAAUAAUAAAAAUUGAGACCAUAUUUAUUUAUUUUAUUUUUUUCAUUUUGUUAGUAAUCCAUAAUUAUUUUUAUAAUUAUUUGGUAAAAGUUUUAUAUUGAAAAUAUUCGAUUUUGCGUCCUUCAUUUUUUUAAUUAUUAUUGCGACGAUACGGCUUGCAAAUAUCAAACAGCAAUUAAUCGACAUACAUGUGUAUAUACUUCUUUGGCGUGAGUAAUUCCAGUCUGCUAUUUGUACAUACAUUACACAAUAAAUGCAUAUAUUUGCCACUUCUAUAUUAUAGUCUUAAAACUGUAUAUCUUUAAAAACGUAAUGUAAAAACGUGUUAUCUAAAUGGCUUUAAAUGCCAUAUACAUAUACAUAUAUGUAUAAUUUAUAAGGCCUAACAUGGUGAUUUAAAUUUUUUUCUGUUCCUUAUUUCCAUAACAUAAGCAUAUUUAUGUAUGCCAUAAAAAUUAAUUAUUUCAAGAAUCUAUUUGAAAACACCCUACUUAAAUUUACGUAUAUAAGAUAUUUUCGCAGAGGAAUGUAUUUUAUUUCUAGAUUUUCCUACUAAAGUCCCUUGUGAGAAUAUAAUGUCAGGAAAUUUGAGGUUUAAUGCUAUAAAGCAUUUGAUUUGCUGGAUAAUUUGGUCUUUUAAUAAUACAUAUAUGUACAUAUAUGAACUUGCAACAUAUUAAUAUUGUUAUAAGUUAUUUUAAGAUUUAGUAUGUUCGUAUACAUAAACACACGUGUAAUAAUUUACUCAAUUGAAUGUCUUUUUAAUUUAAUGAAGGUACUAACCAUUAAACGUUAAUCGCAGUAUACUUUCUUUUAAUCAUACAUAUUAAUUAGUUAAAAGUAUUAACUUCAAUUCAGUGAGAAACACAUUUACUAAUAUAGCAAGAUUAAGAUUGUGAUUAAAUUAGCUCUUUUACUUUGCAUUUUCAAAUAGAUCAGAUAUUUGAAAAGGACUUGUUUAAUAAAAUAUAAGAUUUUUCUUUGUAAAUGGAUAGUCCAUAAAUAUGAAUUUUUGAGCGCAAUAAAAUAUUGCAAAUAUUUUUAUACAGAAUAAAAAUAUUGGACUUUUUCGGAAAUGCAGUAAAUACUGGUACAUUGCGCAGUUUGCACUGAUUUUCUGCCGGCUGAUGCCCUUGCAUGGAACUCCCUGACGAGUUACAUAGUAACCAAAAAUAAAUGAUCGAUUUCAAUUAAAAAGGUACAAAAAAAAGAUAUUUAUUAAUUGCGAAUAGCUUUAAAGUCAAACAGAUUAUUCUAAAAUUUGACUUAAUCUCUUUCUAU